CUUACCUACCUGUGAUGUGUUUUCACAGAAUUCCCACCAAAGCUGACUCAUGUGAGCUCUUCCUGGAAGCAUGCAGUCCUGAAGACAGGCUUGGCAGCCAGUGACCUGGGGAUUUUGGAGUGAUCGCUAAUGAGUCAGGUGUUGGGGUCCCUGAGGGAAUUUGCCAGUGCAUCCUGGCUGAGUCUCAGCAUUUCUCAGCAGAACCCAUUGAGAAGAAGGAAGAGAACAACAUGAAGCGGAAGAAGGAGCAGCUAAGGGAGCGCAUCAGUGCCUGGGACUGUCCUCACGGCCCGGUUGGUUUACACAACAUUGGACAGACCUGCUGUCUUAACUGCCUGAUUCAGGUAUUAAUUAUGAAUGUGGGUUUCACCAAGAUAUUGAAGAGGAUAACAGUACCAAGGGGAACAGAAGAGCAGAGAAGAAGUGUCCCCUUCCAGUUGCUCUUGCUACUGGAGAAGAUGCAGGACAGCCGGCAGAAAGCAGUGCAACCUAUGGAGCUUGCCUACUGUCUCCAGAAGUACAACGUUCCAAGUAAGAUAGCCUUCUCAGCUCUGAGAGCGAGGAAGAGGGAGGAGGUUGGGGAAGGGAAAAGAGGGAGGGGGAGUGCCUCAAAGAAUGAGUCAGGAGCUGUUCCCUCCUGUUCUUUGUUUUGGAAGAGUUUGUGAAAGGAUAGAUAUUAA